CGGUGCGGCGGCGGAACCUUCCUUCGCGGGCGCGGCGAGGGCGGGGAAGGCGUUGCGGGCAGGACCGUCCCCCGCUGUGACCGGCCACCAUGCAGCUCCGCUUAGGCAUCCCCAAGGAGGCGCGCUCGUUGCCGCCGCCGCCGCUGGUCAACUUCCCGUCGGUCUGGAUGGCGGGCGUCUUCUGGCUCAGCGCCCUGCUGGACAACGGCCUCAACCGCAGGCCCGUCCUGCGAGCCGGCAUCCACCGUCAAGUCCUGAUGACCACCCUGGGCUUUUGUCUGGGCUACUACAUCAAGAGAUACUCCGAUUACUACUAUGCUGAGCGGGACAGGGAGCUAUUCAGUUACGUAAAGCGGCAUCCUGAGGACUUUGUGGAACAAGAGCCCAAAAAGGUGGGAGACAUUCUGGAAAAGUUCGUCCCAACGCGCUGAAGUUCCUCCAAGGGAUCCUGUGAUCCUCCGGGUGUUUUCUCUGCUCCCUCCUCUUCUAUGUGGAAGCCCUCGGCGUCUAAUCGCUUGUUGAUAAACGUGGAUUGUAUCCUUUCUAAUAAAAUACAUAUACGAAGAUCAA